AUGACGGGGGCGGGAACCAGUCCCCCUGCGCCCGGGACUGGGGGCGUGCCGCCCGCUGGGGCGUCCACUCUGCUAACGGUGGCAGGGGCCCUGAUGGGCUACACCGACUCGGCCGGCGUCACCCACAAGCCGAAGGACACGGCGGACGCGGCCGUGAGUGAGGCGAUCCUCAUCCAGUGGCAGGCGCACAACACCAUUGACCCCGCCACCGUGGCCAAACCGGCCGUGGCGACUCCGGGCGCCAUGUCGGUGGCCACCGCCUCCUUUCCACAGUGGGCGGACCAGAUCGAGCUCUCCCGCCGUACCUGGGCGGCGGGCGGCGAGCUAAACAGCUUGCCGAAAAGCAUGCUGACCGUCCUGGACGGGGCGGAGGCCGCAAGAUGGGCCUGGAUCCUCCUGCAAUUCGGCGCAGAGGACGACGUGAACGCCUAUUGCAAUUGGUUCGUGGCCAAGGUGACUCAGGAGAUUCGUUCCGACCUACCGUCUCUUCAGGAGGCGCUGGCGAUGCCCUCCCCAGAGAAGAGGCAGAAGCCGAAGAAGUCGCCCAACUCGGGCGGCAACCCCGGCAACCCACGCAAGUGGGCGAAGACCGAGGACACCGAGCAGCCCAAGGGCCGCGGCCGCGGCAAAGGCAAGGGCAAAGGAAAGACCGGCAAGCUUAAAGGGGGCAACCGUCGCAAUCAGGGCGGACAGGACUUUUAA